AUGGCAGAGUUGAUGAGGCUUAGCGGUAAUGACGACACUGACGCUGGAGCAGGAGUGGCAAGACCACAGGCUGCGUGCGUAGGAUUGUGUGCUGCCCUUGACCUGACUGGACAGACGCCAUGCUGUGGACCGCUUCUUCUGGCUUUGGUCCUGCUGCUGUUGCUCCAGGCGCAGCUGCUUGUUUGUCUACAUGAACUACGAGACACUUUGGACUUAGUGACUUCAGCGACACCUUCUGGACCUUCUAAUGCUUCGACUCUGCAACGUCUCCCAGGGGCCAUCAUCAUCGGGGUGCGCAAAGGAGGCACCAGGGCCCUCCUGGAGAUGCUCAACCUUCAUCCAGAUGUGGAAGUCGCCAAGACUGAGAUCCAUUACUUCAACCUGGAUGAAAACUUUCGGAAGGGUCUGGAUUGGUAUCGCUCCCAGAUGCCCAUCACCCUUCCCGGGCAGCUAACUGUGGAAAAGACUCCUGGCUACUUCACGGCUCCACCAGCCCCAAGGAGGAUUUGGGCCAUGAAUCCAGCAGUGAAACUGCUUUUGAUCAUUCGUGACCCUGCAGAGAGGCUCGUAUCAGAUUAUACACAAGUUCUCCACAACCGAAUUCAGCAAAACAAGCCAUACCAGCCACUGGACGAGCUGCUGCUUUCACAAGGACACAUCAAUCCCAAAUACAAGGCACUUCAGAGGAGUUUCUACUACCAGCACCUGGCCAGAUGGUUAGAGCUUUUCCCCAGAGAGCAGAUACACAUCGUGGAUGGAGAAGCACUGAUUCGUAAUCCAUUCCCGGAGCUGCAGAAAGCAGAGACUUUUUUGGAACUUCCACCUCAGAUAAAGCCAGACAACUUCUACUUUAAUGUCACCAAGGGCUUUUAUUGUAUGCUGUCGGCAGGACAUGACAAGUGCCUGGAUGAGUCUAAAGGAAGGCCACAUGCUCCACUUAGCAAUGAAGCUUUCCAGAAGCUUUGCCGCUACUUGCGAGUACCUAAUCAAAUCUUUUUCCGAAUGGUGGGACAGAGGUUUGACUGGUGCUAAAGACAGAUGGAAGAGGAAUGACAGCUCUCACUAAGAAAUCAAAAUAUUAUUGGCGACCAUUUUGUAAAAAUGUUUUAAGGAAUAAGGUUAAAAAUGACUGAUAGU